ACGGCCAGAGAAGUCCAGAGUAUUUUACUAUCCAAGUAUUUUUUGUUUUGACAGAUGCAAUCCCAAUCAGUAGUGUUGCCUCUGCCUAAAAGUUGGAAGAUGUAGGAAGUGUCUUUUUCAUUCUUUAUUUUUAUUAUAUAUUGGAAUGUAUUAGAUGCAUGUAACCGCUUCAUGAAUUUCCAUUCCGCAAUUAUUGCAUUUCAAUUUUAGUUUGUUCUUUUCUCGUGUUCUUCGCUCACCGUCUUCAUUCAAUUCUUAUAAAAAUUAUAAUUAAAAUAAUAUUCUAAAUGCUUUUCUUUAUUGAUUCUCAUAUCUUUCUCAGCUACACAAUAUUCCAACGCGAUAUGAGAUUCAUUGCAUCAAAAUAAUAACACCCAUUUGAAUUUCUUCAUUAACAUUCACAUUAAUCAUUUAAAGUUUCAUUCUUUUUUAUGUUGUCCAAGUUUUCAAGAUGCUUCAGCUUCGCCGCUUCCAGAGAUUGGUUAUACCGUCACUCUUUCACCGUCGCCGGUCUCCGCUCCGUCGUCACCGAUCUCGGUGAAGGAACCACCAUGCAUUGUUGGGUACCUAAAUUACACAAUCCAAAUAAUCCAACACUUGUUCUUGUUCAUGGUUUUGGAGCCAAUGCAAUGUGGCAAUACGGUGAACACCUUCGGCAUUUCAUCGCACACUUCAAUGUAUACGUCCCUGAUCUUCUCUUUUUUGGUGGGUCCUUCACAUCAAGGAAAGAGAGAACAGAAUCUUUUCAAGCUAUGUGUUUGAUGAAGCUCAUGGAGAUUCAUGGGGUCCACAGAAUGAACUUGGUUGGGAUAAGUUAUGGUGGAUUUGUUGGCUUUAGUUUGGCUGCUCAGUUUCCUGAUGUGAUUGAGAAGUUGGUUUUGUGUUGUGCUGGUGUUUGUUUAGAGGAAAUUGAUAUGAAAAAUGGGUUGUUUAGCGUUUCUAGUUUGGAUGAAGCUUCUAGUAUUUUGUUGCCACAAACUCCUAAUAAGCUUAGGGAAUUGAUGAGGUUGUCUUUUGUUAAGCCUGCUAGGGGUGUGCCUUCUUGGUUCCUUGAAGAUUUCAUUCAGGUGAUGUGCACAGAUCACAUUGAACAGAAGAGAGAAUUGCUUGAGGCAAUACUAAAAGAUAGACAACUUUCCAACCUUCCAAAUAUCAAACAGCCUACUCUAAUCAUGUGGGGAGAGCAAGAUCAAAUAUUCCCUCUGGAAUUAGGCCACAGAUUAAAAAGACAUAUAGGUGAAAAUGCUCAAAUGGUGAUCAUCAAGAAUGCAGGACAUGCGGUAAACAUAGAAAAGCCGAAAGAGUUUGCAAUGCACUUGAAAUCAUUCCUCAUUGAUGCAGACUCGCGCCCCUCCUCGUCGCCUUCUUUGAAAGAGCAAAUCCAGAAGACAUUUUCGUUCGAUUUCAUCAGGUAUUGGUCAGGCUGGGGUGCAUUGGCAUGGUGUGUUGCUCUAUUAUUAUUGCAGCCAAUAUUUGAAACCAAAUUGUUUGUAAUGCUUCUUAUCAUCUUUUUUCUAAAUUUCUCCCUUUGUUUCCUCUUUCUUCAUAAUACUUAAGAUGAAUCAGAUGCACUCACACAGUAUUAGUAUCGAUUAUUUGUUGUAAUUGGGAAGUUCUCUUCGUUUUCUAUACUCAGUUAGAGUAAAGAUCAUCUCCAUUUUCAUAGAUAGAUCUAUUACUAUAGUUUUUGAGUAUAUAAAGAAUUUCCAUUUCUAUAGCGUUGGAUACAUUAAUUCAAACCUUUAUAUGAUGGAUCCAUUACUUUAA